GCCUAUUCACCCUGUGAUUGGUUCGCAGUCAAGUUAGUCAAAUUUUAACUUCCGGGUGUCGACUCGUUGCAAAAUAGAUCAUUCCACUCUGCACUCGUGGAAGUGGGCAGCCACUGAGAUAAACCUGGAAAAAUAGCGAUAGGAAAAAAUGAUGCUGUCAGAAGUCCUGAAGGUGCUGCGAGGAGCUGGUAAAGUGGGCUCUUCACUGGUCUCCACUCAAAGCGAGCAGCUCCAAUUAAUGGCCUGCAACUCUUCCCUGGGAGCAGGGGUCAAAGUUGCUCAGGAUGUGGUAGAAGCACUGGUUGGCACAUUUAUGGGUGGCAGCAGUCAGCAGCAGCAGUCAGUACAGGAGGAUGUGUUUCCGGAUGCGGAGGGCUGGGAGAAUAUGGACCCUGAAGAAGCAGCCAAAUGGGCUGUGGGGUCCCAUUUCCCCCCUGCUGAAGGGGAGCACAGCCAAACAGAAACGGGACCUGCAGCACAGAUGCACACAGGGGUAUCUCCUAAAUCAGGAAUGGCAGGAGGCGGCGCAGGCUGGCCUGGGCAGGGUGCUCGCUUCCUUCACAACACCUCGGCCCUCCACCGGUACUACUUCCAGAGCAGGUCUCGCCACAACACUGUUGUAGCCAAGCUCACACCUGAGGACAUCAAGAAAGCCCGGGAGGCAAAGCAGGCAUUGGCCAAACCUGUCAAACAGAAGGUUGAUGUAAGCUCCCUGCUCGACUCUCCCUUCCUGUCAGAGGCCAAUGCUGAGAGAAUAGUCAGCACUCUGUGUAAGGUCCGUGGAGCUGCUCUCAAGAUAGGCCAGAUGCUCAGCAUACAAGACAACUCCUUUAUCAACCCCCAACUGCAGAAGAUCUUUGAGAGGGUCCGACAGAGUGCAGACUUCAUGCCCACAUGGCAGAUGACUAAAGUUCUGGAGGAGGAUCUGGGGCCAGGCUGGCGAGAAAAGCUCUCAUCCUUUGAGGACAAGCCAUUCGCUGCAGCUUCUAUUGGCCAAGUCCACCACGGGGUUUUAAAAGAUGGUAGAGAAAUCGCCAUGAAGAUCCAGUACCCUGGUGUGGCAGAGAGCAUCCGCAGCGACAUAGACAACCUGAUGGCAGUACUGAAAAUGAGCGUGGCUCUGCCAGAAGGUCUGUUUGCAGACAGCAGCUUGGAGGUUCUACAGAGAGAACUGGCAUGGGAGUGUGACUAUAAGAGGGAAGCACAAUGUGCCAAGAAGUUCAGAUCACUGCUGGAGGGAGAUGAGUUUUUCCAAGUCCCCGAGGUGAUUGAUGAGCUGUCAGGCCAGAGGGUGCUCGCCAUGGAACUGGUGCAGGGCGUCCCACUGGACAUGUGCGUAGAGCUGGACCAGGAGACCAGGAACCAGAUCUGUUCCAGCAUCCUGCAGCUGUGUCUCAGGGAGCUGUUUGAGUUCAGAUUCAUGCAGACGGAUCCAAACUGGGCCAACUUCUUCUACAACUCAGACACCAACAAGGUUGUUCUUUUGGAUUUUGGAGCGUGCAGAAGCUACCCAGAAUCCUUCACAGACGACUACAUACAGGUGAUUUAUGCAGCUUCUGUCGGCGAUCGAGCCACCGUUCUUUCCAAAUCCAAGGACCUGAAAUUCCUGACGGGCUUCGAGGCCAAGGCCUUCGCAGAUGCUCACGUGGAAGCGGUGAUGAUUCUCGGUGAAGCCUUCGCAUCCGCCGAGCCCUUCGACUUCGGCACUCAGAGCACUACUCAGCGCGUUCAGAGCCUCAUCCCGGUCAUGCUCCGCCACCGCCUCACCCCUCCACCUGAGGAGACCUACUCCCUCCACCGCAAGAUGGCCGGCUCCUUCCUCAUCUGCUCCAAGCUGAAGGCGAAAAUACCGUGCAAGGACAUGUUCCUCGAUGUGUACCACGCCUACAUGCAGCGUAGGCAGGCCGGGCAUGCAGCGCAGGCUAGGGCUUAGCAGUUCUGAGACAAGUUUCUUAAUUUGCCUUUCUCAGAGUGGCUCAGGAGUACAGAGACAGAAAAGAGUCACACUUAACUCCACAAGUGGAGCCACUGGAUUGGACGUACAUCGUGUCAGUAAUAACAGACUUUGCCAGCGUGCUCUAACAAAGACCACAAAUGACUUUUGCUGCUACGCGUCACUCACAUCAGUGUGAGGAUGUUGUUAAGGAUGUCCAAACACAACAUUUUGGUGUGACCUUUACUUUUAUGUACAGAUAGAAAUUAAACAAUGACCUGAUCACAGAGAAGUGCAGGCUUUCUGAUUAGAUUUUGUAAAAGUAAACACACAAAGCAAGGAGAGCUGCAUGUUCUGUUUGUCCUCCCAGCUUCAGCUGGGUUUGCCUGCGAGCUCCACCUUAUUUUUAAGUGGAGCGAGUAUCUUCUAUCUUGGGGGUGAUGAUACUGCCCCUGCACUGAAUCACAGACGCUGCCAACUGCCGAGUCCUGUUUUUAUAGAAGGCAUUUUGUGCUUGCUGAUGAGUUGGUGAAUAAAGCUUUCACCUAAAUGUGAUGGCUGCCAGCUGAGAUGACCAGAUUAUCAGAUUAAUUAGAGAAGACAGUCUAAUGGACCCUACAAAAUAAUGGCCUUGCAUUAUAAAGUGCACUUGGCAUAAAACUCCAUAACAUGAAGUACCGUCAGCUCUUUUUCAUGCUUAUUUAUUGCAAAUACCUGCACUGUAUCUUUAGAAGGCAGUGUGCUCUGCAUGUUUUACUUUUGUAAUGAAAUAAAAUCUGAAACAGUAUUGUU